AUGAUUAACACUGCCAAUCGUAAGAGACGACCCUUAGAAUUUGAUGAGGGAGAUCAAGUUCUUUUGAAACUUCAGCCCUAUCGCCAGACCUCUAUGGCAAAUCGAGUAAAUCAGAAGCUGGCUGCAAGGUAUUAUGGCCCAUAUCGCAUUCUUCGAAAGUUGAGCCCCGUGGUUUACAAGUUAGAAUUACCCGAUGUAGCACGUAUACACCCAGUUUUCCACAUCUCCCAGCUUAAGAAACUUAACGGGCAGCAUGAUGUCACCAAGGAUUUACCUGAAGCCUUGGCGGUAAAGAAACAAGUUACACCCCACAAGACAUACUGGAUGCUCGAAAGCAGGUCGACAGGGAGCAGAUCUUAG